UUUACCAGCAACGCUUCUCUUUAGCAUCUAUAGCUAGUACUUAGUAUUGGUAGAUACACUGCCCCUUGGCUUUCACUCCUAUAGCAACCGCUGCGCUCCCAGCUAAGGGCAUUCCCCUCCUCCGACACGGACGUGAGGCCCUAUUAAGGGCAGUAAAGCCGCCCCCCCCCCGGCCGCUGUCGCAUGUGGUCUCUUCUGCACGGCUCCUCCCUAGUCCCACUGCUAGUCCCACUGCUAGUCCCACUGCCCUCCUGAUCUGCCUGGCACAUCCAUCCUCAGUCCCUCUGUCGUAUCCUGCCUGGCACAGAGGCACCCACCAGAGCCUGGCACCCAGCUAGCUUCUCUUUGGGCAUACUCACCCACACACAGGUUUGCCAUGAUGCUAAGAAGCCUCUGGACUUCUUUAGUCCUUAUCUCACUUGUAUGCGCACUGACUGUAUCUUCCAAGAAGAGUGGUAGUGGGAAAAGCAAAACCGGAGGAUGGAACAGUGGGAGCAACCGGAACCCCAACUACCCAGGAGGCUAUGGCUGGAACACCGGAGGGAAUACUGGAGGCAGCUGGGGCCAACCUUAUAAUCCCAGUGGCGGAAACAAUUUCAACAACAAGCAAUGGAAACCUCCCAAGUCAAAAACCAAUAUGAAGGCUGUGGCCGUAGGCGCUGCUGCAGGCGCUAUCGGGGGCUACAUGCUCGGUAAUGCAAUGGGUCGUAUGAGCUAUCAUUUCAGCAAUCCCAUGGAAGCACGUUAUUAUAACGACUACUACAACCAGAUGCCAGAGCGUGUUUACAGGCCAAUGUACAGAGGCGAGGAGCACGUGUCAGAGGAUAGGUUUGUCACGGACUGCUACAAUAUGUCAGUGACAGAGUACAUCAUCAAGCCAGCUGAAGGGAAGAACACCAGCGAGGUAAACCAGUUGGAAACCAGGGUGAAGUCCCAAAUUAUUCGCGAGAUGUGUAUCACUGAGUACAGGAGAGGAUCGGGAUUUAAGGUGCUCUCUAACCCUUGGCUGAUCCUCACUAUCACUCUUUUUGUUUACUUUGUGAUAGAGUGACCAGAGGGAAGGCCAAAUGUAUGUAUAUAGAGAUUUAAAGAGAAUAUAAACCGAUUCUGAACUGUCCUGUCUCACGCCCAGUCUGACAGUCUCUGUUGUGAUUCCCUUGCGCAGCACUGUUGGAUCCAAUGUGAAUCCAGCCCAGCUUUCUACCAUCCGUAAGCAACUAUGGAUUUGUACCUCUCGCUUCAAUACUGACCGAAAUUCCCACUUCUGCAUCAGCUACGAUCUCUGCUUGACAACCUACAUUUUGGACAUCACAAAUGGGCUUUAUGUAACAGUGCAUGUUAUUAAUGAGAUAUCUUGCAGGUUCCAGUACCGAAGAGCCACAUUUUUGUGAAUUUAUAGAAGCCUUUGUAGAAUCCGUCAACUGCAGAUUUGUUUUCCAUAUCUUGGACACCCUAAAGGGUCCACUGUACAGAUUGAUUCACCGUUGAGACUUUAUGCAGGAGAGUUUUAAAAAACCCACUCACAAUGAUAAUUUUUGCAGGUUAGAGGUUGCACACAGUGGCUAUAGAAUGCCUGAUUACCUUGCUGUGCUAAUUCAGUCCCACAGCCUGCAGCCCUGUGUGUGAUAUUAUUACCAUUUAUUUAUACAGCACUAACAUGUUCAGUAGACCUGUACAAACACAAGGCAGUAUUUCACAUCAGUCUCUGCCCCAGCCGUAACACACACACAUCCUCAGUGCUGUGAGGCUACAGUGCACCACUGUGCUGUUUUUUUAAGGUUACAGUUCCCAGUGUAUUUUCCAUUCCACUGGUGUGACCCUUCUCCUCCCUAAUGCCCUACACUCUGGGCCAGAAGUAAGAAGAGGGCAGUUCUGGAUGAAACAACAAUUUAAGUUGGGGGUUGCAAGGGGGAGAUAUCACUGAAAACUAACUGGGAAAUUAUUUGCUGUUACAUGUGGGAAAUAAGGGUGUUUGCAAACUUGCCGUUCAUAUGUUAAACAGCAGCUUAGAGAAUCCCACAGCAACAUUUCAGAGGGCUGCAGAUAGCCCCAAGCUGACCCUAUAUUUAACUACCUUUUCUAUAGGAAAUAUUUGGAUACACUCUUUAUGGGUAUACUGUAAAUACAAUUAUGUUUUGUACAGUUGCUGCAUAUGCUUAGAUGGCUGUAGAGAUUCAUAGCGCAGAUUUAGGCUUGCUUGAAGGAAAAUAUUUGCACAUUUAGUCAGAUGGGACCAUGUUUUCUCUACCUUCUGAAUUAAAAUAAAAACAUACACACCCCAAGUUGCUUUCUCAGCAGACAUACACUGCAAGUGCUGCAACAAUGAAACAAGAACUAUUUAUGAACAUUGGAGGAGCUUUUCUCACACUGCGUAGGAAACAUACCUCAGCCGAGGUGAGUUCAUCAGGGCUGCUCACAAGCAAAAAAUGAAUGUCCAUGUUGUAUAUUACUAUUCUGUUAAAGCAGAAUUCAAGGGGAGAUAAACUGCAAUUAAUAACCAGGUACACAGCAUUGGCAGCUUGUCUGGUGAGAGAUGUAAGUGUAUAAUUUCUUUAUAUAAUGUAGCAUUUAGGGCUGUGGGACACCAGUGCAUUUAAAUUGGUCGAAAAGCAUCAUAUACAGCCUUCUUACUGGGAAUGACAGAAAGCUCCAGUUGCCACCUACGCAUUUUCUUUCACUGCUUAUGUCUUAGCAGAAUGUGGCAUGCCUGUUCUAGCACAUUAAUUGGUUUAACCAAGAAUCACCCUGCUGCCACUGAGCCAGAUUAUAAAGAAAAAUUAACCUACAGAAAGUUGUUUAACUGCCAAUUCAAUGGAAGAUGUUUUACCCCUAACAGCUAAGCAGAGCACGUAUAAUGUUGCCAUUGACAUCCCAAGUCAAGAGGAGGCAACCAGCAGCACUACAGCCUUUGCUGAACUUACCAGCUCUACUGUGGGAUAAAUGAUAGGAGCAGUAGUUCUGCAGUAGCUGGAGGCUGUCUAUCCAUGCCCUGGCUUGCAGAAAGUUGCUAUCAGUGCUGCCAUCUUCUAGUGUAGUUUUCCUGUUUAAUGGGCAACAGAUGGAAAACAGGAAAUGAAUGCAUAGCAAGAUUUAAACACAUCACUGCCAAAGUCUCAUAAAAGUAAAUACCUGCUUGAGUUCUGGCUUUUAAACAGGGUUCUACCCAGUUCUGUGUAAGGUCCCCAGCAAUUGGUACCAGGUUCACAUUAACAAAGAGAGGCUAUUAAGACUCAGAGCUUUACUUUUAUGCUCUUUUUAGUUUGAGUACCACCAAACUCUUCUCUCACCCAGACACCAGAGAGAGUUCUAGGUGUUCAGCCACCUUUAUAUGGUACACUUGGGCCCAUCUCCAACUACAUGAUUGGCCCUGGGCACUGCCACUUGGUACUGCAGUUUAUUUUAACCCCAGUUUUUUCCAUUGUUCUACAUUCCUAACCAAAGUACAUCUUGGAAUCUUCUACUCUUGCCCCCUGUGGCCCUACCAAGCCGUGUGUGUGACAUUCUUCCUGUUACUGCCAUUGUAUUAUUGUAUUGUACCAUGUUUUUAAUAAAUUACUGUGCUUAAAACGGUCA